CACUAAAGAGUGAGCCUAGCUCAAGUCUUUCCACCAUACACUGCCCCAGUCGUCGCAGGAGAGUCAAAGCACUCUCUCACUGGAAGCCAUGGACGCUUUGCGAAGCUUAGGUCGAGUAAUCGUAGCUUUCUGGAUCUUGUCCCAUCUCUCACUGCUUGCUUACUCCUCUUCCCCUCAGGAUCUCCAGAUCCUCAACGCUGAGCGCAGAAUUGACUUGUCCUCUCACAUUGUUAAGGUUUUCUUGACGUUAAAGGUUGAAAAUACCGGUGCAUCUCCUGUUUCGGAAGUACUUCUUGCUUUUCCACCUACACAGGUUGAUCAUAUUGCUUCGCUCAAAGCAGCUCUCACUGUUGGAAAAAAGAAAAGGAAAAGCUAUGUGCCUCUUGAAGUGAAUCCCACUGACCUCCCUGAUGCACCAAAUCAGACCAAAUAUUUUUCCAUAUCUUUGCUCAACCCAUUAAAUGCAGGUGAAACUGCAACAUUAGAAGUGCUUUAUAUAUUGACACAUUCUCUGGAGCCUUUCCCUGCAGAGAUAAACCAAGCAGAGUCUCAGUUGGUCUAUUAUCGUGAUAGUGCAAUAAUAUUGUCACCGUAUUAUAUUAAGCAGCAGACUACUUUUAUAAGAACACCUAGUACUAAGGUGGAAUCAUUUACAAGAGUAGAGUCCACUAACCGCGCUGGUACUGAAAUAAAGUAUGGCCCUUACAAGGAUCGCCCUGCAUACUCUUAUUCUCCAGUAAUUGUUCAUUUUGAGAAUAACAAGCCAUUUGCUGUCGUUGAGGAGCUUGUACGUGAAGUGGAAAUAUCUCACUGGGGCAAUCUUCAGAUCACAGAGCAUUACAGGUUGUCACAUGCUGGUGCGCGACAUAAAGGUGUUUUUUCGAGGCUUACUGAUUCACGAACUGCUAUAUUUCAGGUUGUGCUACCAGAGGGAUCAAAAGAUCCUUCUGCUGUGGUUCCUUUCUCGGUUAAGCAACAUCUAGAGACCAAAUAUUCAUACCUUGAUGUUGCUGGAAGGACAGUGGUGGUUCUUGAAAAGGAAAAUGUAGUUCCAGAGCACAACUCUCCUUUCCAGGUUUACUACAGCUUCAACCCAAUUUUUAUGCUGGCAGAACCACUAAUGUUAGUGUCUACAUUUUUCUUCGUGUUCAUGGCUAGUAUAGCUUACCUACACAUAGAUUUUUCGAUAUGCAAGACAUCAUCUUGAUUCCUCAAGCUUAUCUGGUGAAACAACUUGAACUUGUAGAUGAUUACGUGGAGCUAAGGAGCCAGGACGCUUGUGUGUGAACGUUGGCAGUCACUCUGGGUCCAAAAAUUUGAAAUUACCCUAUAUGAUGUGGGUUACCGUGAGAUAAAUUUUGCUGUGCAUUGACCCUCUCACUUUAUAAAGCUGAAUGUAGCGUUAUAUUAUGGACCUAGUCUUUAGAGAUACACGAAGAUUCAAAUGCGUUUUGAUAGUGAAAAUACUUUGUUAUAAAUCAUUUUAGAUAA